CUUUGUUUAUGUACGCUCGUUCGUCAAAGGCGCUGUCGAAGGGUCGUGCGGCUCAAACGUCACCAUUCGCACAGCAGGUGAUGAGUCAGAGACCAGAUCUUCCGCGCAACGAGCGCCGAUUGUUGUAUGUGCUGUGGUGUGCUGUGGUGUGUUGUGUUGUGUUGUGUUGUGUUGUGUCGUGCGGUUGCAGGUGAGGACGGCCAAGCUGCUGCGAUGGGACAGCGACACACGGAUGUCCCGCCAGAUGGAGGACCUCAUCGAGGCCCGAGACUUCCUCGCCUUCUGCCUCGAAAACCAGGGUAGAUCAGUCGACAGAUGCAUGGAUCCAUCCCACCCACCCACUACUCAUCAGAUGCACUGACCUAUCUUCUCUUCUCUCGCUGACUGACCCAGACUCAUUCACAAGGCGUGACUGGCUGGCUUCCUUGACGCUGCUCACCACCAGACGGCAUCUCGACAUCGGCCCACACCUGCGCAGCCCUCCAACAGCAGCGAGUGGGGGCAGUGCGGGUGGGAUUGACAGGCUGCCCCCUCAGUCGACGUGUGCCGCCAGCUUCGCCGCUUACAAUGAGGCCGUGCUCAAGAGGGUGUCGCUGUUCGAGGACUCACUGCACCUACUCAUACACAGGUGAAUGGGCAGCAGCAGACACUGACAGAGGAUGGACACACACACUCGAGAUGUGUGUGUGUGUGUGUGUGUUGGCUGUGUAGGUAUGGUGUGUUGUCGUAUUCGCCAGCUUUGUGGCGAUUGAGCGGUUAUGUGGAGUCUCGCGUGGCGGGCAUGGCCAUGGCCAAGGUGGCCCUCACAGCCUGGGGCCUCGCAAAGGCGCUCGUCAGCCACGAAGAUGUGUGGCGACAGAUCGGCCGGCAGGUGACGGUGCGGACGGAUGAGCUGGGCGGCAUCGAUGCUGCCAUGCUGGCCUGGAGCUUCGCACGGAUUGAAGUGAGUCAGAUGUCCGCCACAGAGCACACCAACCAACCAAACGUGCUUCCAUGUUUCCGUUGAGCAGCGCCGGAAGCCCGCCGAGAUCCUUGCUCUCAAGACGCGAAUCACGGCGCUGCUCAACAACGGUUCGGCUGAGUCAUCAUCGCAGCUGACAGCUCAGGAUCUGUGCAUGGCGUUCCGUGCCUUCGCAUCACUGACCCCCCGCGACACGGCCUUUCUGUCGGCCCUCCUGGCGGCCACACGACGGCUGGCGGACGAAGAGCGAGUGGCACUGCCCUCACAAGUGAGAGAGUGAUGGGUAGAGGGGCCUUCGUGUGUGCGGCAGAUAGGGAUGAUUCGUGUGUUGUGCAGGGUUUGACGAGCCUGUGGAGUGCGCUGGCUGACUUGGGUCAGGCGGGGUGGCGCGACGAUAACGCCAUCGAGUGGCUGUGUGAGGAGUCCCGGAGGCUCAGGUGACCGAACAACCAGCACACUCGGCCUUCCACACAUGUGCUGUUUCGUUGUGUGUGCGUUGCGUUGUGUCGUGUGUCAGGUUGGAUCACACGUUCAACCAGAACAUGGUCGCAGAGAUCGCUUUGGCCGUCCGGCAGCUGCAGGUCCGCGACCCGCGCAUCGUCUACCAGCUCGUGCACUGGGUCGACAAGAAGGGCGAGUGUCUGCGAGCGGAGCAGCUGCUGACGGUGGUGGAUGUCUUCUCGAGCAUGGACAUCAACCACGAGGGCGCGUGGAAGCGGCUGGGCACUCGUGUGCAGAGGGCGGCCAUCGAGCUGGACAUGGCCGAUAUACAACGGAUCCUCCAGGCAUUCGAACACGUUGGUAAGAAAGCCCGUGGGAGGAUAUUGUACAGACGCGCCUCACCAUCUGUGUGUGUGUGUGUGUGUGUGAUAUUAGGUCAGCUGAACGAUCGCGUGAGGGGCGUGUUGUCGCUGUUCAUCAGCACCAAGGGCGACGAGAUGGCCUAUGGCACCACAUGACGCGACGUGACGUGACGUCACGCGACGGACCGAUCAGAUGACCGACGGCCGGCCUGGCUGCGUGGAGUACUUGAUGGAUGGAUGGAUGUGCAUAUUACGUCAGUCAAUGGAGAGAUGGAUACUAUCGGCGGGCGGAGACCUUUGUGUGUACAGACAGGGUAGAUCGAGGUGACAGGCAGACAGACAGACAGACCAACACACUUGGCCUACAGCUGCAUGUCUCAUCG